AUGCAGAUUUUUAGCAAAAACCUACUCAUAUUUCUAUUGGUUUUCAUAAAAUGCUCACAUCAACGAAUCAGUGAUCCGAGCUUCCAAAACUACUGUAUCAGAUUCGGAGGGCAAUUUCAAACACAAACGAUUGAAAAAGAUAAGGAUGGAAAUGUGGUGAAGAAACCGGUUGGUGAUAAAUGCAAAGUGGAUUUGAAUUUUUAUGCGAAAGAUAAGGUAUGUUAGAGAGAGGUCUGGCUAGAGAAAAAUCUGGAUUAUUUUCAGGAUGAAGCUCAGUUGUAUUGUGAAAGAUGGGGAAUAUUCGUAUUGAUUGAUUGGGGUCGUGAUAAUGAUGAUCGUGUCCAUUGCACCUAUGAAAAUGUCUACGAAUGCGAGAACAAUUUCGAACAAAUUCGUGGAUUGUGCUAUCAACACUUCUAUGACUUGAACACCUACGAGGAAGCUGAGAAGACUUGCAAAGAUUCGCAUGCGGGCGCUGAGAUUUUGAAGAUUCAAUCGAAACAUCAUGGAGUUUUGCUUGAGACUUAUUAUCCUGGUGAUUUAACAAUGUAUUUUGUGCAACCCGAUAAAACUCUCGAGUUAUCCUCCCAGUUUGUCGCCUCGGAUGAAGCCGAUGAUCAAAACAAGAAUUAUGUUCUUCUUUAUAAUUACGGUAUUCAUUAUGAUGUUGGACCAAAUUCAAUCAUCAAAUUGGACAAAUCGAAAAAAGCAUUUGCAAUGUGUAUGUACCAACCACCGGAAACAAUUCUCAGUUUUGGGGUGAAAGCCAGAAAACUUGCCGAAUUUUAUCAUCCGACACAAUUGGUUGGUGCAAUGGGUGUAUGGAGAAGUGCUUCGCAUUACACACCAAAGUAUGUUAUUUCUGGAUAUUUGAAUUUCAAUUAAAAUCAUUUCCUUUUCAGAAAUAUCCCUGGUUAUCCAAACUCCCAUCAAGAUGUUUGCGAAGCUUCAAUGAAAGCAAUUCUUGGAACCAGUGAUGGAACCUUGCUGAAUUUGAAACCGGAAAAUACCAAAUUGUUGAAUGAUGACGUCAAAAAAUCAUUCAAUCGCGCAUUUGGACCAUUUGCUUAUUGCGAACAUACUUAUGAUUACAUUCUGAGACAUGAAAUCUAUUUCGCAAGUAAGGAAGUGGUAAGUUUGAUGAUAACCUCCUUGUCAAACGAACGAAUUUAAUUUCGGAAAGGAAAAUCUUGUUCGAAUCAGGCGAAUAUCUUGGAAAAAGACUAUAAUGCGGAUUUCAUGCGAAAACUGCGACCAUUUGAAUAUUCAUUUGUCUAUUAUCCCGAAAACACUCACAAUGGAAAAAGUAUCGAAGCGAUCCAAAUUGCUCUCCAUUCUCCAAUGCUUUGCGGAUUGCAUUAUGACAGAGAUCUUCAUAAAGCGAAUCCUCUCAAGGCAGUUAGUUGUCCUAGCGGAUGGUCUACUUAUCAGCGUCCAUCUGAACUUUCCUGUCAUCUCAAUGUUCAUAGCGUGAGUAUUUAAUCAUUUCUCAAACAGAAAUAUCUAUUAUAUUGUUCAUUUUGAUUUUAGCCGCCAAGGACAUAUGAUGAAGCUCGUGACUACUGUCGUUCACUCGGAGGGAAGUUGGCAACAUGGUCGAGCAGUACAGAGUUUAAGAAAUUUGGUAAUACUUGUUCCGGUGGUUGGACUGCGUGCAUCUAUCUAAAUGGGGUAAGACAUUUUUCAAAUUACAAAUGAAUUGUGCGGCCAAAAACAGGAAUUUAUGCAUAUUUUUAAGUUUUUAAGACACCUAGAAAGUUAAAAUUUUUUUAUUUUUCAGUGUUCUUCCGAACAAUCAGAUUCCUAUGGAAGGCGCGGAAUUGUACAAUGGGGGAACUUAAUAACAGAUUACCCUAAUGGUAAGUGAAUACAUUUAAGAUAAUAAAAGUUCCUGUUCUCCCGGUUCUCUCUCUCUCUAAAGAGAGUAAGUGAGUGAACCCAAAACAACAAUUUGUGCGAUCUAAAAAAGUGAUGUUUUCAGCUGGUGAUAUUCAUGUAUUUUGUGAGACGAAUCCUGUUCCGAUUGAAGAACUAUGA